GUGGGAUUUGACAAAAAGGGGAAGUAAUAAGGAUACUGUUUUUAAACAAAUAAUUAAAUUACAACAGCAAUAUAUUAUUAUUAAUGUUGGAGAACGAAAAAUCUAAACUACACGAAAGUUAGAAUGCAGAAAAUGGCAAGAGAUUACGAUCAUUUAUUUAAAUUGCUAAUAAUAGGAGACAGUGGUGUAGGAAAAAGCUCCUUGCUGCUAAGGUUCUCAGAUAACACAUUUACUGGAAGUUAUAUAACUACAAUAGGAGUAGAUUUUAAAAUAAAAACAGUUAAUGUGAAUGGUCAGAAAGUGAAGUUGCAAAUAUGGGACACUGCUGGUCAGGAAAGGUUCAGGACAAUAACAAGUACCUACUACAGGGGUACACAUGGGGUUAUAGUGGUAUAUGAUGUUACUAAUGGUGAGAGCUUUGCCAAUGUAAAGAGGUGGCUUCAUGAAAUUGAACAAAAUUGUGAUUUAGUUAAUAAAGUAUUAGUUGGAAAUAAAAAUGACACUCCAGAUAGAAAAGUGGUGCUGACAGAGGAUGCUCAAAGGUUUGCAGACACUAUGAACAUUAAGUUAUUUGAAACAUCAGCAAAAGACAAUGUGAAUGUAGAAGAAAUGUUCCUAUCAAUAACGAAAUUAGUGUUACGCUCAAAGUUGGAGAUGCAAGAAAGGCAAAACAUCCACUCAAAUGAUACAGUCAAUUUAAGGAAAUCUAACAAACAAGGAAGGAAGAAAAAUUGUUGUUAGCCUAUAAACUUUUUAUAUUGCAAUUUUGUGUGGGUGUAUAGAAGAAUGAAUGGAGCAAUUUAUCUAUAAGGUUUUUUUUUAAUUGGUACUGUUUCGUUUGUAGUUUGACAUAUCUGACAUAUAUAAAUUAUUUUUACAAAUAACUAUUAUAUAUGAGACAAAGAUAUUAGAGUUAAUUAUGGGAAUUAACUGAUUUGCUGUAUUUUCAAAUCAUUUUUAAUAAACUACAAAUAGAUCUUUGCCUCAAGGAUAUUUCAUUUGAAUGGGUUAUCUUAUAGGUACUACAGUAUACAAGUCAAUUAUACGAAAUUAUUUAUUUUCUAUUCUAAAAAUCAUCGAAUUUUGUCUUUUCUCUUUUCAUUUUCAAAAUAACAUGAAAUAUUCCCCCAAAAAAUUAUCCACAACACGACUGUCUAGAACUAUCUUAAAAUACAUUAUCUAAUGUACAUUUGUAUGUGUUUUGUCUGCUGUAACUCCAAGUUAUACAAAGUUACACAAUUUUAACAUUAUAAAUAUCUCACUUAAGUUUAAUCCUUAAUCACUCACCUGAAAAACUCCCAUAUGAAAAAAGCUGACUUAUUUUAUAAAAAACAUUUCUUCUUCCCCUUUAUCAUCAAUUCCCAUUGCAUAGCACACAGAUCCCCAUUCUCUUUUCUGUUUAGUGUUCUCUACUUCAUCUCAGUCUUAAUAUGUCAGUUUAACCAUAUAGUGUUAUUAAGGCAUCCUGCUUUUUAUUCUUGAUCUACUACUUCUCUACAUUCAAAUUCCAAGGUAUUAUAUUUCCAUUACUUGUUCAAUACUGAUCUCAUAAAUUUAUAGUUUACAUCUGAUUACCUUUAUUAUGGUCCUUUGCUGAUUACUAUUGUUUGGUUUUCUGCGUUGAGAUAGUAAUAUUGCGACAUCUGCAUAAGAGUAUUUUUACAUCUUUGUUUCCAUUUUCCCAUACAAACAAUCAAAUAAUGUGUAUUUUAAACAGAAAUAACGUAUUAUACUGUUGCAUUUAGUAAUUUUUAAUAUACAUCAGACUGAGAUUAGAUAUGUUAAACUACUAGAGGUAAUUUUAUAGUUUAGAGAACCCUGUAUAUAACAAAUUUGUACAUACAGAGUUGUUAAUCUACAACGGUGGAGAUAUUUUUCGUUACAGAGCUCUCUAAAGCCGCAGCAAAAGACCAAAAACUAUCAGAGUGAUAUUUUUAAAAAUUCUUUCCUUACCGAAAAUUUAAAAGUCAUAUCGUACAUUUCUCCAGACACCAAUAUAUAACUAGAUUGUCACAUAAAGUUUGUUACAGUAAACUUUGUCACCGACAUGAUGUCAGAAAUGAUAGUAUUUUAUGUCUGGUUUAUUAAAAUGAACAUGAAAAUUUCGACAUUACAUUGGGAUUAUUGGUUGUUGUAACAGCUUUGUUCUCAACAAUUUUCAAAUAAAGUAUAAUUGUUUUUUCAUGACAUCAGUAUCCAUAUUUGAAAUGCAAUUUUUAACUUUUUGCAUAAUUUUGGAAAAUAAGAAAGAUUUGCAUGGACUAUGCAAAGUUUUCUACCGCUUGUCACAUCAAUGUCCAUAUUUAUAAAGAAAUUGUUAAUUUUUAUGCAAAAUUUUAUAUAAAUAUGCAAAAUUUUAUAUAAAUAUGCAAAAUUUUACAUAACUAUGCAAUAUUAAAAAAAAUGAAUGAUUUAUAUUCAGUUUUAAUCUGUUGAUAGUGAUUUACUGGAACAAAUGAUAUAAAAACCAUAAUUUCUAGAACACUAGCGGCUAUGAUUGAGAUUAUCCACAUUUUGAUUUAGAUUUGUCACAAAAAUAUUUAUAUUUACAAUGAAUUUUAACAUUUUUGGGAAAAUUUUCAAUAAUUAUGCAAAAUUUCAUAUAUUGAAUGAAUUAUGCAAAGUUCUAAACUCAGUAUCUAUCAGUGCUAUUCACAGUACUGGGGUCCUUGAUUGAUAUAUUUCAGUUUUUAAUUUAUUACAUCAAUAUCCAUAUUUAUGUUGAGGUAGAUUGAAACAUUAUGCAAACUUUUAUAAAAAUACUCAAAGCCUCAUAUAUGUAGAUGCAACAGACCAACAAAAUGAAAUCAUACACUAAAGGAUAUUCAUAAUUGUAUAGAUACAAAAAUUUUUGAAUAUUUUUCCCAAUUCGACUAUAUCAAAAGUGAUUUUUCAGUUAGUUAUCAAGAUCAAACUAUCAAAAUAUGCAAAUUCUCAAUUACUGGCAUGGAAUAUGCACGCAACUAUUGGUGUCUGAGCGAAAUGGUUUUUGCAAUUUUAAGUGUGAUAGAUGGAGGCAUAAGCGUGUUUGUAAAAAAUAUAAAUAAUUAAAAAAACCGUUUUCAAUGUUAGCCAAAAUUUUUCCAAUUUUUUAGUACCUACUAUACCCUUCCAUUUUUAAAUUUGUUAUAUAUUUAUGUACUCUCUUAGUUAAUUUGAAUUGUACAUAUUCACUAUCUUUUUUAUAUUCACCAUUAGGUUUUACUUUUAACCCUUAUUCCCGAGAUCUCUACAAAACGAUAUUAAAAUGACAUGUACGGUUUCAUGAAAGUCCACAAUUGACAUUUAAUUUUAAGAGAUAUUCUUUGUGUUCCAUUUAUAACGGUUUCUUUAAGAAAACAGUCCACAGUUUUUUAUAUAAAGAUGCUAAGAUUCUAAAUUAGCUUUGUGGAGAUCCCUGAGGAUAAUAACCAGACCUCUAACAUUUGAAGAUAUUUUAAUAGCAAUGUAUAUUACUAUUAAAUAAUAAAUCUGUUAAAAAAUCUCAACUAUUAGAGGUCUACUUUAUAUUAUUUUAGUAUGUCUAAAUAUAAAAAUGAACUGAUAUACCUAUCUAACAUUUUGAAAUGAUAAAAUGCUUUGAUAAUUGAGAAAAUAAGGGAUAAAAUGAGAAAUUCUUGUCGGAUUUGUUUUUUUUCGAUAUAUCGAAAAAAGAAAUCAAAUAUUACAAACGCCAAAUUGUCUGGAUCCGAGUUAAUUAAUCAUUUUGUUUUUCUGGACAUGACUACUAGCUCCAUUAAGAAUCUGAUUUACCCGUAAAUGCGCGUCACCGAUUCAGCAAGUUGGGCGAUUGUUAUAUUUUAUCAAGUUGUACUAAUCUAUAUUUUGAUAUUGUAGCUGUAAGUGUACCUUUAUUCCAGUGAUGUACUGUGUAAUUUUUUUGUUAUGAUCCUCAACUAAGUUGGCAUAUUAUAAUGCAAACUUCAUAUAAUUUUGUUAAAAGCCCAAGAUAUUUGUAAUUUGAAUUACUAAUGAGGUAAGAAUUAACGUGGCAUAACUCAAUAUUUGCAAUUUCACCAAUAUAUACAUUGAUAAAAGUGUGUGGAAUAUAGAUAGUUAAAAAAUUAAUCACAAAUGAAUAUGACAGCACUGACGUUACCAUGAUAUGUCCAACACCAGGUAGCCACGCCCCUUUCAAUAUUAUAUGAAUUCAUCAUGGGACAACACGAUAGGCAACGCUCACUUUAAAUAUGGCGAAUUUGACAUAAUUACUGAAAUGGCAGAGAGGGGAUAGCAGAUGACAGUUACUGUCAACAUGCUUGACAUAAAUUACAAGCAGUAAAUGAGAAGUAACAUUAACAGAUAAAUGACGAUUGGUAGAUAAGAAUUUACCUAAUAACUAGAAUACUGUGUACAUAUUGCUUAGGUUAAACUUUGCAAAAGACAUUGCCACAUUCUCUUUGAAUAUGGCAGCUUUGACAUCACGAAAGUCUGUUUGUCUGUUCAGGAGCAUAGUAAUCCAUGCCCUUUUAAAUAUGACCGCUCCGCCGUCAAGCUGUACAGUACUGCGAGACUCAUUCAAUCUGGCAAUAUUGACGUCAUUGUUGAGAUGACAGUUAUUGGCAAAAUGGUUGGCAUACAUUAUUAGUUAAAUAUGACAAAUAAAAUGAUUAUUGGUAAAAACUGGCAGAAUAUCUCAAAUACUGUAUACAUAUUACCCAGGCUAAAGAAGAAUGGAAAAAUCAAUAGGACUAUAUAUAAAGACCUCUCUUUGUAAAUGUUCGAUACUUGAUUUAUUUUGUGAUAACAAAUUGUUGUUGUCAAUUGUAGCUGCCGUAGUUUACAGAAUUCGGUAUUAAAAGAAACAUUAAAAUAUUGAGUUAUGCUAUUUUUACUGGAUCAUCUGAGAUUGAGUGAACAUUUGAUCUGUCAUUGAACUCUCCUACCACUCUCGCUAUAUGUUCGUAAAUAAAAUAAAAGCUUCCAUUUGUUUCUCCCCUUUUUACUUAAAUGUAUAAUCAGUAGAGACUAUUUGUAUGAAAUUAAAGUAUGGUUUCAUAAAGAAAUUUGUAAAAAUUGGUGUACAUGAUAUUUUUUAGGUGAUUCGCUUAAUUAAAUAUAUAUUUGGAAUAUUGUAAAAAUGAAAUGUUGGUUUUCAACGGGCAUAUCAAGUUGCUGAGAAUCAUUAAUAGACAAUAUUAAAUUAAUUAUUUAUUUAAUGAUACAAUGAAGGAGCAUUAUUUUAAUUGCAAAGUGUUAAAAUUACGUGUAAUCUGUUUAUUAUCAAAUAAAUUGUAUAUUUGUUGUGG